UACACCAGCUGCAAGUUCUUAUAUUCCACGAUGAAGCUUAUUACCUUGGGUUUUGUACUUCUCGCCCUUGUGUCCAAUUCCUUGGCUCUGAAAGAAGCAAUUUGUGGUCUACCUCAUGGCGUAGAUGGUUUUAAAGGAAGGGUAUGUUUAGCAAACUUUUACAAUUGGACAUAUAAUGCUGCACAAAAUAAGUGCUACCUAUUUGCAUACGGUGGCUGUGGUGGAAAUGCCAAUAAAUUCUCUUCAAAAGAGGAAUGCGAGGCCAAGUGCUUGGAAUAGGAUUGAGUGAAGAAGAAGUAAAAUAAAUUAUUUUGAUAAAAUUA